AUGGGGUCUGUAUCCGAGCCUUUUAAUAUUCCUUCCAUCAGCUAUGACGAUCUCGUUCAUGAUGACCCGAAAUAUCGGCAUCCAGCAGCGGAGAAGUUUGCGCAAGCUCUCAGCGACUCUGGAAGCCGAGCAUUCUUCAACCGAGACCUCGAAACAAAGAUCGCCGAUCACAGAUACUCAGGCUUAACAACGAAUGCUCGAUUCGUUCCAUUCGGCAGCGAGAAGGUCCGCGAAGAGCCGCAUCUGGAUGAAACCAUCGAGCUCAACUACGGCGUCUAUGACCUGGUGCCAACUAACGAUUGGUCCUUGCCCGGAAGAGAGCUGAUGGAUAUCUCAAGGCCCCUGCAUGAAGAAUGCAUCCGGAUCGCCUAUAGCCUUCUCGACAGCCUUUCUCAAUCUCUGGGCCUUUUGACCUCUUUGACGUCUAUUCACGGUCCAGAGAACACAUUCUUCGCGCCGUACUAUUACCAUUUCCCCGAUGACAUGGAUAACAAUACUCUUCGGGUUCCUCCGCACAUAGACCCCACCACAAUGCUCUUCUGUUUCCAGGACUCGCUUGCCGGGCUCCAAACUGCUGAUAUGCGAGACUUGAUGGGAAACCUGUCCAGCACGGCAGUCGCAAAGAGGGCAGCGUUCUACCCCGUCGGGAGCCAGCCAGGAGAAUUCGUUGUCUUGGCGGGUCAUAUCCUGAGAAAGCUUGUUGGAAACAUUAAGCACUCAGUGCAUCGUGUCGAGAGACCGCUGGGCUCAGAAGGACUUCACUUGAAUUUUUGGAUCGUCCCGCGUCUGGAUACGAGGAUUGCUUCCGGCCGGGCCGGGGAGGAGGAAGUGAGGGCAUAUUUGAAUAGGGUGUUUCCAGGGCAUUUGGGGGGUUCUUAG